AUGGAACUGACUGAAGCAAUUGAAAAAACGCGUGUGGAUAAGGUGCAGUUGGUUCGAGGACCUCGACCUCGUCAAUUUGGUUCGUUGGUACUCACAGGACAUCAUUUGAUUUUUGCUCCAGAAAUUGGAAAUAAUAAGCAAGAAGAUGAUCGUUCCGAAUUUUGGGUAAGUGGUUUAUAUUUUUUUAUAAUUUUAGGUAUAAAGAUAUAUUUGAAUGUAAUUAUUGUUUUAGCUGCUGCACCGGGCUGUUGAUCGAGUGAUGGUAGAACCAGGGUCGUUGCCAGAGUUUCCUUCAGUUUUACAUUUAAAAUGCAAGAACUUUCUGAUUUGUUCGUUUAUCGUGAAAAGUCAAAGUGAUUGUCAAGCUGUUGCUCGAUCUAUUGAACGGCUUUCUAAUUUGAGUAAGUUACUUGUCUUAUUUUUUAUAAGUUUAGGAGAUGUUUGGAGAUGUCAAAGAAGCCUAGAGACUUGAUUUUCACAUUUUAUUUUAGGUAACAUUGACUUUGAAUACCCAUUUUAUCACCCUCAAACCUUUGAAAUGCUUGAUAAUGGAUGGACAGCGUUUGAUAUUACCCAGAACUUUGCCAAGCUAUCAAUGUUAUGUAAAGACAGAUGGAGAAUAUCGAAUGUUAAUGCUAACUUUGACGUUUGUCCUUCGUAUCCAGCCCAAGUUAUAGUACCAGAGGGCGUUGGCGAUGAUUAUUUACGGAUUUCAGCUACAUAUCGAGAUGGUUCUAGGUUCCCAGUGCUUUCAUAUUACCAUGCAGAUACGCAGAGUUGUAUUAUUAGGUAGGAAUUGGGGUUUGCCUGAGUUUUUGGAUCUGAUUUGUCUAUGUUAAGUUAGUUUUUUACUUAAAAUCUAAGUUAUUUUGUUGUAGAUGCUCCCAACCUCUAGUAUCUCCAACCAAUCGUCGUUGUAAAGAGGACGAAUUUGUUUUAAAUGACCUUUUAUCUCCAAAAGCCCGAGGAGUGAUUUUUGAUACUCGAACAGAAGCCAUAGCAUCAGCAGCACGAGCCAAAGGUGGUGGUAAAGAACAACGAUACCACUACAACCAAUGGAGAUACGUCCAUGCUGACCUGCCUCAACGAAAAGAUUUCAAAGAUUCGCUGACAAAACUAAUAGAAGCCUGUAUUGAUUAUGGUCAUACGGAGAAAUGGCUCUAUAAACUGGCAUCGUCAAGGUGGCUACAAUAUGUUACUGAUGCUCUGACCGCUGCUGGCACUAUCGCACAAUGGGUACAUUGUACCGAUACUGAGACACCGGUUGUGGUGCAUGGGGGUGAGGGUACAGAUACGACGUUGUUGGUGACGUCGUUGAGUCAAAUGUUGUUGGAUGCGGAUGCUAGGACAGUUAGAGGGUAAGUUCAUUGUUAUAUACUUUUUUUUAUUUUUAGUGGGGCAAGAAAGUCUCGUCGUUUUUCACAAUGAAAAGUAGUAUAAAUCGACGACAAAACUUUUUUUAAACUAAUAGAUACAAAAUUUUAGUCUUAUGUUAAUAUACAAUAUAUUACGUUAUAUUUUCAGUUUCCAAUCCCUAAUAGAAGCCGAAUGGAUAACAGCCGGCCAUCCCUUCCAAAUGCGAUGUGCACAUUCAGCUUUCGGGCAUGGUACUCUGACAGGACCUCAGGAAUCUCCCAUAUUUUUGUGUUUUUUGGAUUGUGUAUGGCAACUAAUGCGACAAUAUCCAUCAGUUUUUGAAUUUAAUGAGCAGUUUUUGAUAUUAAUUGCUGAACACGCAUUUGCAUCUGAGUUUGGAAGCUUUUUGGGUAAUAAUGAGAAGGUAGGGUGGAGUUUGGCAUUUUAAAAAUUAUGUUUUGAACUAAAAGUUUAUAGAAAGUUGAUUUUUAAUGUUGCUUGGUCUUUUAUGAAACUUUUUUUUAAAUUUAUUUUUUUUGGUCCAAAACUUUAUAGAAAAAUCAAUUACCAUCAGGGGCGUCGCUACGGAUUUUUUUCUGGGGGGAGGGGUGGGAGACCCAAAACCUGUGGAAUUUUUUUCGGAUCGGCUCUGGAGGGGGAGGGGUGGAUCCACCCCCCCUCCACCCCCCCUAGCGACGCCCUUGAUUACCAUAACUUUUUUGCCAUUUUCUCAACUCUUUUUGCGCACCUUGUAUAUGGAAUUUAACAAAAAUUUAGGAAAAAUUCGAGCAUAAUGUAAAAUCAAGAACAGCGUCCUUAUGGUCAUACGUGAAUCACCCAAAAAUAUUAUCAGACUACAUCAAUUCACUGUAUCAACCCUACGAAUCAGUAUUAUGGCCAUCGGUUGCAGCACCCAGUAUUGUAAGUAAAUAUUGAAGAUUUGAAAAAGUUUUUAGGUUUUACCAGGUUUAGCUGAUGUUUUUAAGGAUAUAUUGGUUUUUAGCACUAUGACAUUGAUUAGAAACGUCAUCAAUUUGAAAAAGACUUUAAAUUUGGCCGAAAAUAAAGGUUUUCGAACUGUUUCAGGUAAAAUACGGCAAUAGAAUUGAAGCUUUUGGUAAUUUUUAAGCUUAUUUUGGUUUGAAUGUUAACGUUUUUUCUGUUAUUGCUUUACUGUUCGAUCGAGAAAAGUCAGGCUUAAAAUUUAAUUUUAUGAAUUUUGGUAUUUUAGGUAUUAUGGCUUUUAAAAUUUUGAUGUUUUAGGUGUUAUGGUCUUAAAAAAUUUUGAUAUUUGGGAUAAUUUGGCUUUUAAAAUGUUGAGGUUUAGAUGUUGUAGGCGUUAAAAUGUUACUAUGUUAGUUAUUACGUCUUUUAAAAUGUUGAUUUUUUAGGUAUUAUGGGAACGAUUCUACCUGAGAUGGCAGAGGAAUUGGACGAAAAUGGAUCAAGUCUGGGACGAUUUGACUGAAUGGAGCAAAAAAGAAAAGGAUUUGAGGGCGAAGUUGAUGUCUAGAAGGUAAAAUUCGAAAUUUUUGUUUUUUUCAAAAUAAUUUUUAAAAAUCUUGAAAUUAAAAAAAAAUUUUUUUUUAGAUUUAAUUUUUUUUAAAUAAUGAUUUUUCGGUUUUUUCUGAAAAUAACGUAUUUUAGCAUGUCCGAAGCCAAAACCGAUCACAAGAACGGCGACUUGACUAACUUAAUCGAACAACUGGAGAACACAAUCACCGCAUAA